UUUCUUUCACCAUCACCAUGCCUCCUGCUGUACCCGCAUACGACCUCGAUGGAGGUGAUCAAUUGGAUCCAUCUCAAUUCGACGAGGCCGAAGGAGAUGAGAGCUUCCAGAAUGGAGCACCUCCCAGCGAGCGUCAACAGUCGCGACCACCCUCAAAAGAGUAUGUCCCGUUUCUUGAGAGAUUGCAAAAAGUUCCCCAGGUCCGCGCCAUACCAUGGCGACCAGGGCAAGAGCUUCCUGCGGAGAAGGCUGAGGAUAGCCCUCGUGUCCAGCAACGUGGUGCGAUUCUGCUGUCGACAAGAGGAAAGGUGAUGGAACUCAAGUGUGAACAUUGCGCGCGCGGAUACGGGAGGUUCUCGCUGUGCAUCACAAUGGAGCCAUGGUUUCAGGGAGCCUGUUCAAGUUGCAUUUUCACCUCAAAAGGCAACAAGUGCAGUCUCAGGUUUCAGACAUCAGGCACCGCAGAUGGAAGAGCUCUACGAUAUCACACUGAGAAUCCGGAUGCCCUCCAGUCUUACAUCCGGAAUGUCAACGACAAUCCUCCCAAACCUACCAAGAAGCGCAAGAGACGUUCUGCCCCAGCUUCAACAAAUCCUUCUCUCAAUGCUUUAUACUCAAGCGAACACCAGUUGGAGUCCCCGCAAGCAGAGUCCCCCGACCUGGAUACCAUCCUUCAGGCAGAGAUAGCUCGCGAGCAAUCCUCUGGCCAGCCAGAGUAUGCUGCUGCAUCGGUCGAAAGAAAGACGAAGCGCCAGCAAAAUACAGCCCAACAUGCUGCGCCGGUUGCAAGUGGCUCUUCAAGUGCGUGGACUCCUGCCAAUCUACCACUGAAUGACACCCAAGGAGCACUACCGAAUGUUUCUAAAUCACGAGACGCAGCUCCAGUGCCUUCUAGCAGAUGGGCUGCUAUCAAAGAGCCAAGAUCACUGACCCCAGGCUCUUCUACGUUGCCGGAUCAUGUUGCCCAAAGCCCCACAGGCAUGCCUCUGAUUGACACAUUCCCAAAGACCAAACAACGACAUAUUUAUGGAGUUAUUGGCGGCUUGGAGAGCGGAAUUGACCAUCUGAAUGCUCAGGUUGUCUCGUUGAAGGCUUUGCUUGGUAUCGAUGCUGAUGAGUCCAAGUCACGAUGACGACUCUGAGGAUAAUCAGUUGUUUCCUGUACUUGGCUUCCUGUAUUCUAAGUGAUAGCUGAUAUAAGCGCGCCAGAAUUGCUUGCAGAGGGGGGAGCGCUUGAUGAAUUUGUACGAAUCGCAUGGCUUAUUAGAGCUAACAAAUAAUAAUAGCUAC